UUUGUUGUUGCACGCAGGCUUUCUCUAGCUGUGGAGAGCGGGGGUUACUCUUCGUUGCGGUGUGUGGGCUUCUCAUUGUGGUGGCUUCUCUUGUUGUGGAGCACAGGCUCUAGGCACGUGGGCUUCCGUAGCUGUGGUGAGCGGGCUCAGUAGUUGUGGCUUGCGGGCUCUAGAGCGCAGGCUCAGUAGUUGUGGCACAUGGGCUUAGUUGCUCCGUGGCAUGUGGGAGCUUCCUGGACCAGGGCUCGAACCCGUGUCCCCUGCAUUGGCAGGUGGAUUCUUAACCACUGCGCCACCAGGAAGUCCCACAGAUAUUAUUUUAAAUACUAUUAGACCAUAAACUCCCUGGUGGCAGCGACAGUGCUUGGCACUGUAGCAAACCAUCAAAAAUUAAUGGAAUGAAUGAAUGAACGAAUGAAUGAAUGCAUACUAAAGGCUCAGUGCUAGGGAUAAGGAAGGGAGCUGCUAAACUAGAAGCAAAGAUUAGGAAUAUUGAGUUCAGAGGCCAGCACCAGGGCAGUCGUAUGACUCAGCUGGAGACACUCUCACAGAAUCUGCCAACAACUGCUUACACUUAGCACAGCGCUGCAUUUAAAAAGAAGAAUCGAGAGAGCAGGACGUUCGGUUUGUGAGCGGUAACCUCUUAGUCGUGCACGGAGAAAGAACGAUUUAAAAAUGGGUGAUGUUGAGAAGGGCAAGAAGAUUUUUGUUCAGAAGUGUGCCGAGCGCCAUACUGUGGAAAAGGGAGGCAAGCACAAGACUGGGCCAAAUCUCCACGGUCUGUUUGGGCGAAAGACAGGUCAGCCUGUCGGAUUCUCUUACACAGAUGCCAACAAGAACAGAGGCAUCACCUGGGGAGAGGAGACACUGAUGGUGUAUUUGGAGAAUGCUAAGAAGUACAUCCCUGGAACAAAAAUGAUCUUCACUGGCAUUAAGAAGGGAGAAAGGGCAGACUUGAUAGCUUAUCUCAAAAAAGCUACUAAUGAGUAAUAGUUGGCCACUGCCUUACUUAUUAUGAAACAAAUGUCUCAUGACUUUCUAU